AUGACCAUUGAAAAAAUGUUUUCUUUUUAUUUUUUAGAUUAUUUCUCUUUAUUCAGAAGCAUAAAGUUGUUUGCUGAGUGCAAGAAGAUGUUUCUUUGGCUCUUUCUGAUUUGGUCAGCCCUGAUUUCUUCGACAAAUGCAGAUUCUGACAUAUCAGUGGAAAUUUGCAAUGUGUGUUCCUGCGUUUCAGUUGAGAAUGUGCUCUAUGUCAACUGUGAGAAGGUUUCAGUCUACAGACCAAACCAGCUGAAACCACCUUGGUCUAAUUUUUACCACCUCAAUUUUCAAAACAAUUUUUUAAAUAUCCUCUACCCAAAUACAUUCUUGAAUUUUUCACACGCAGUAUCCCUGCAUCUGGGAAAUAAUAAACUGCAGAACAUUGAGGGAGGAGCCUUUCUUGGGCUCAGUGCAUUAAAGCAGUUGCACUUGAACAACAAUGAAUUAAAGAUUCUCCGAGCUGACACUUUCCUUGGCAUAGAGAACUUGGAGUAUCUCCAGGCUGACUACAAUUUAAUCAAGUAUAUUGAACGAGGAGCCUUCAAUAAGCUCCACAAACUGAAGGUUCUCAUUAUUAAUGACAAUCUGAUUUCAUUCCUUCCCGAUAAUAUUUUCCGAUUUGCAUCUUUGACCCAUCUUGACAUACGAGGGAACAGAAUCCAGAAGCUCCCCUAUAUCGGAGUUCUGGAACACAUUGGCCGUGUUGUUGAAUUGCAACUGGAAGAUAACCCUUGGAACUGUAGCUGUGAUUUGUUGCCUUUAAAAGCUUGGCUGGAGAAUAUGCCAUAUAACAUUUACAUAGGGGAAGCAAUCUGUGAAACUCCCAGUGACUUAUAUGGAAGGCUUUUAAAAGAAACCAACAAACAAGAAUUAUGUCCCAUGGGCACAGGCAGUGAUUUUGAUGUCCGCAUCCUGCCUCCAUCUCAGCUGGAAAAUGGCUACACCACUCCCAAUGGUCACACUACUCAAACAUCCUUACAUAGAUUAGUGACCAAACCACCGAAAACAACGAACCCUUCCAAGAUCUCUGGAAUUGUGGCAGGCAAAUCCCUGUCCAACCGCAAUCUCAGUCAGAUUGUGUCUUAUCAAACAAGGGUGCCUCCUCUUACACCUUGCCCAGCACCUUGCUCUUGCAAAACACACCCUUCAGAUUUGGGACUGAGUGUGAACUGUCAAGAGAAAAAUAUACAGUCCAUGUCUGAACUGACACCAAAACCUUUAAAUGCCAAGAAGUUGCACGUCAAUGGCAAUGGCAUCAGAGAUGUGGAUGUUUCCGAUUUCACCGAGUUCGAAGGGCUGGAUUUGCUCCAUUUAGGCAGCAAUCAGAUUACAGUGAUCAAGGGGGAUGUAUUCCACAAUCUUACUAAUUUACGCAGGCUGUACCUCAAUGGCAAUCAGAUAGAAAGACUCUAUCCUGAAAUAUUUUCAGGCCUUCAUAACCUGCAGUAUCUGUAUUUGGAAUACAAUUUGAUCAAGGAAAUUUUAGCAGGCACCUUUGACUCCAUGCCGAAUUUACAGUUACUGUACUUGAACAAUAAUCUCUUAAAGAGCUUGCCUGUUUACAUUUUUUCUGGAGCACCCCUUGCCAGACUAAAUCUGAGGAACAACAAAUUCAUGUACUUACCUGUCAGUGGGGUCCUUGAUCAACUGCAGUCUCUCACACAGAUUGAUUUGGAAGGAAACCCGUGGGACUGCACUUGUGACUUGGUGGCAUUAAAGCUGUGGCUGGAGAAGCUGAACGAAGGGAUUGUUGUGAAAGAACUGAAAUGCGAGACACCUGUUCAGUUUGCCAACAUUGAACUGAAGUCCCUCAAAAAUGAAAUCUUAUGUCCCAAACUUUUAAACAAGCCAUCUGCACCAUUCACGAGCCCUGCACCUGCCAUUACCUUCACAACCCCAUUGGGUCCCAUUCGAAGUCCUCCUGGUGGUCCAGUGCCUCUGUCUAUUUUGAUCUUAAGUAUCUUAGUGGUCCUCAUUUUAACUGUGUUUGUUGCUUUUUGCCUUCUCGUUUUUGUGCUUCGACGCAACAAGAAACCCACCGUGAAGCAUGAAGGCUUGGGGAAUCCUGAGUGUGGCUCUGUGCAGCUGCAGCUAAGGAAGCAUGACCACAAAAUCAAUAAAAAAGACGGACUGAGCACAGAAGCUUUCAUUCCACAAACCAUAGAACAGAUGAGCAAGAGCCACACCUGUGGCUUGAAAGAGUCGGAAACCGGGUUCAUGUUUUCAGAUCCACCAGGGCAGAAAGUCAUUAUGAGAAAUGUUGCCGACAAGGAGAAAGAUUUAUUACAUGUGGAUAGCAGGAAGAGACUGAGCACAAUUGAUGAGCUGGAUGAGUUAUUCCCUAGUAGGGAUUCUAAUGUGUUUAUUCAGAAUUUUCUGGAAAGCAAAAAGGAGUACAAUAGCAUAGGUGUCAGUGGCUUUGAGAUCCGCUAUCCUGAAAAACAACAAGACAAAAAAUCCAAGAAGUCACUGAUAGGUGGCAACCACAGUAAAAUUGUUGUGGAGCAAAGGAAGAGUGAGUAUUUUGAACUGAAGGCAAAACUUCAGAGUUCCCCCGACUACCUACAGGUCCUUGAAGAGCAAACAGCUUUGAACAAGAUAUAG